AUGACUCAAAUUUACAAAAUCCUAAUCCUCCCAGGCGACGGCAUCGGUCCUGAAGUAAUGACCGAAGCCAUCAAAGUGCUCAAAGCCUUCGAAACCCCCCAACACACCUUCCAGCUACGCCAAGAACUGAUUGGCGGCUGCAGCAUCGACGCAACUGGCAAGUCAGUGACUGAAGAAGUCAAGCAAGCAGCACUCGAGUCCGACGCUGUACUCUUCGCAGCAGUUGGGGGACCGAAAUGGGAUAACGCACGACGGGGACUCGAUGGACCAGAAGGGGGAUUGCUGCAGCUUCGGAAGGCAAUGGAUAUUUAUGCGAAUUUGAGGCCCUGCUCGGCUGAUUCGCCGAGUAGUGGUAUUGCAAGAGAGUUCAGUCCUUUUCGGCAGGAGGUUAUUGAGGGGGUGGAUUUUGUGGUUGUAAGAGAGAAUUGUGGAGGUGCGUAUUUUGGAAAGAAGAUUGAGGAGGAGAGUUAUGCAAUGGAUGAAUGGGGAUAUAGUGAAGCUGAAAUCCAGCGCGUGACUCGUUUAGCUGCUGAGAUUGCGCAGCGACAUGAUCCUCCAUGGCCGGUAAUUUCUCUGGACAAGGCAAAUGUUUUGGCGUCAUCUCGGUUGUGGAGAAGAGUGGUGGAGAAGACAAUGACGACGGAUUAUCCCAAUGUUAAGCUGGUGCACCAGCUCGCUGAUUCCGCAUCUUUGAUAAUGGCGACGAAUCCCCGAGCUCUGAAUGGUGUCAUUCUCGCCGAUAACACCUUUGGUGAUAUGCUGUCUGACCAAGCUGGAUCAAUUGUUGGUACUUUGGGAGUUCUUCCUAGCGCCAGUCUGAAUGGUCUGCCGGGUGAUAGCAUGUUAAAGACACGACCAUAUGGACUUUAUGAGCCUACGCAUGGAUCAGCACCAACAAUCGCGGGGCAAAAUGUUGCUAAUCCGGUUGCUAUGAUACUCUGUGUUGCGUUGAUGUUCCGCUAUUCGCUGAAUCUGAUAGAUGAAGCUCGAAGAUUGGAAGCAGCUGUACGUAAAGUAUUGGACUCGGGAUUACGAACGCCUGAUCUUGGAGGAAAGGCAGGGACAAAUGAGGUGGGAGAUGCUAUUGUAGCUGCAUUAUAA